UAGAUCCGUGUACAUUAUAUUGUCAUAGAGUAGAGCGAAGCGGCAGGUAAAACGCUAUGUGGACUAAUGGAACCGGUUUGAAUAGGACGGCUAUGCACACUGGCUAAACUAAGUCCGUUUAUUGUGAACUGACCAGUAUAACAGGGGUGAAUGUUAGAUGACACUCUGUAGAGGAUGUGAGACUGACUUCAGGAAUAUGUAUGGUGUAAAGUAUAUCUGUAAUCUGUAUUAUGUAUUGAUUUAUCAUCUACUGUUGCUGUGUUCCUACCUCCACGACUGUCAGGCACUACAUAAACCUACGGGACUUACAUAUACAUACACAGAAAGAACUGAUGUUCAUUUCACCAACAUCAUUUAUGCAAAAACCGAAGUCCGAGAACGGAGGUCAGCAUACGGAAAGAGAAGGACAACAGAUAGGCUUCCAAACACACUGAAUGCACAUUUCAGUGUCGAUGACAAAAACGUCGAUCUGCGCCUUUAUAAAAAUUCUAAACUUUCCUUAGAUGUGCCAAUAUAUUAUCACAAUGCUACUGGAAUAACGCGCCAUUUGGCUGAUGUUCCGAUAACAAGUGCCUUUUAUCAGGAUGUAGACAAUAAGGCGUCUUUUCAUGUAGAAUGUUUGAACAACAUCGAUGGAUUGACCUGUACUGAAUUAGAGCUAUUUGGAACGUUCUAUAUUGAGGACGAGUUUUACAUUUUAGAGUCAGAAACAGUUUCUAGUUCAAAUUAUUCUGAUCUUGCCAAUACAACCCGUCCAUACAAUAUUUAUCAACCCCGAGUGCCUCUUCAAUUUGUCAAUGACCAUAGUAAUACAGAACCCUUGCGGGGCAGGUCAUCACCAUACAGCAGUACGGGACGGAGUAAACGAGCAACAGGAAGAUAUACAGUAGAACUGUUUGUGGUCACCGACUACUCUGUUUACAAGUUUUGGUACGAUGCCAGUACACAGACGACGAAUCAGGGGAAAAGAAAUGAUGCAAUAAACAAAAUAAGAACGUUUGUUGGAUUCCAUAUCAAUGGGAUUGAUGCCAGAUAUGAGUCGCUGCUGAAUGCCGGUUUCACGAUAGACGUGACGUUUGCUGGACUGUAUAUUGCUGAGAGUGCGGCUAGUUCAUCAUGGACGGAGACUGUGAAGACCGAUGAUGGCACAGUCAAUGUGAAGACCGUCAUCAAUAAUUUCAGGCUAUGGGUACAGUCAGAAAAUCAGGCUGGAAAUAUCCCGGAACAUGACCACGCCAUGCUUUUUAGCAGGUACGACUUCACAUCGAACGGAAACAGUGAUAAUAUAGGAUACGCGUACCAGGGGGCAAUGUGCACUCCCACCAGCCAAUCCAUAGUAGAAGACCAAUUCAACUUCAUCGUGGAGACUACGGCUGCGCAUGAACUGGGACAUAGUUUCGGAGCCAAGCAUGACGGAAUCGAUAAUGAAUGCCUCGCUGACAAUACCAACAUCAUGUCUGCGUCCAGUUCCGCACAGACUGGAAAUAAAGCCAGGAAUCCCUGGAUAUUCUCGAGCUGUUCUGCAAUCGAGAUUAAUAGCCUUUUAGAUAACUUAAACAGAAACGUCAACAACUGUCUCCUAACUACCAACUCACAAACAAAUCCAAACGAGCUAGAUCCGUAUUUGGCGACAGAGAUUGGCCAAAUGUUUGACGUCAACCAACAAUGUGUGGAAGCUAUAGGUCAAGGGUCAUACAUGUGUUUGCAACUCUACACAGACUUCGAGACAAUCUGUACCGGGUUAUGGUGUAAGUCGGUGACAUCCACACAAUGUACCUUAGUUCUACCUGCUGAUGGUACCACCUGUAAUACUUCAAAGUGGUGUCAACAGGGAUCCUGUGUGACUUCAAGUAAUGCACCUGCACUACCGAGUACCUGUUUAUAUGGCGACUCCAAGGGGUUGGUUUCCACUGGAUACACGUGUGCGGGUAUAGGAACAACAACGCCCUGGUCCUGUUACACACACAACUCCAGCUGUUGUGAGACCUGUCAAUCAAUCGCGACAGGACGGAACGGCUGUGAGUACGGGGACAAAACAGACUGUACUGCUAUAACAUCCGGGGCAGGCUGCUAUUACAACCAGGACUUGUGUUGUGGCACGUGCGAAAAUUAUAAAACCGGAAUAACAGGUUGUGAUUAUGGUGAUCGAGGAGACUGUACCGGAUUAACUGCCAGUCAAUGCUAUGCAGGAAAUAACACAAACAUCUGCUGUCAAACAUGUUUGGCCUACUAUACCGGCAUACCAGGUUGUUUGUAUGGAGACAAAGCAACAGGUUGUCAGGUUACACGUUGUUCAACUUACAGUCAAACAAAUCUAAAUUCUUGCUGCUACACUUGCUAUGCGGGUACAUUACCAACAACCCGGGGACCAGUUACUCAACCACUCACCACCCAGGCGCCAGUAUCAACCACUAAGGCAACAGUCAGCACCGUCCCUCCGGAAACAACAGGCCAACAAAGUACUGGUAGUACCAUAAAUGACACGACGAUUCCAGUUACUACAGCAAGACCUCCAGCUAAUAACCUUCCUGCAUGGAUUAUCCCAGUGGCUGCUACUGCCUGUGGUAUUAUACUCUUGCUGGUUCUGGUCGGCGCCAUUUGCUAUUGUCAACGUGCCAGAAAGCCAAACAAGGCGAAAGCCCCACAGCGCGGAUCAUCUACGAUUUCCAGGAACGAGUUUGGUAGAGCUCGCCCCGAGUCGUUCUCUGGCAUAGCUAAUAUAGCGUACCAGGCACAAACAGUUCCUGGCACGGAUCCCUACAAUUAUAUUUCUCCGGUAAAUGUCAGUGGACCUCGUUUAUCGGCAAUAUCGAUGAAGAAACCACCCCCUGCCCGCCCCCCACCGCGCCGCCCUACACAACCCCUGUCCUCUAUCAACUCCAGUGGUGGACAACAUCCAUCCGUUAUCAGAAGUGCGGGUCCACAUCCAACACCACCAAGCAGUCCUCAUGAAUAUGUAGAAAUCACAAAUUAUGAAAAACUCCAGGCUCGACCAAGCACCAUGUCGAGGGCGUAUGAAUCUUUAAAACAUCCCAACCAAGGAUUUGCAAAAGCUUCUAUCAAUGCUCAACAGUUCCAGCAGUAUACAAACGAUGGCUAUAACCCGACGUAGUGAUAUUACAACAAUCCUUGACAGAAAUAAGGGCGAUACCUGGCCUAACAUUGACAACGGUGCUGGGGAAAUAAAAUCAAGGGCUAUAACAACCCGCCCUAGUGAUAUAACAACAAUCCUUGACAGAAACAAGGGCGAUACCUAGCCUAACAUUGACAACGGUGCUGGGGAAAUAAAAACAAGGGCUAUAACAACCCGCCCUAGUGAUAUAACAACAAUUCCUGACAGAAACAAGGGCGAUAACUGGCCUUACAUUGACAACGGUACUGGGGAAAUAAAAACAAGGGCUAUAACAGCCCGCCCUAGUGAUAUACCAACAAUCCUUGACAAAAACAAGGGCGUUACCUGGCCUAACAUUGACAACGGUACUGGGGAAAUAAAAACAAGGGCUAUAACAGCCCGCCCUAGUGAUAUAACAACAAUCCUUGACAGAAACAGGGGCGAUACCUGUCCUAACAUUGACAACGGUACUGGGGAAAUCAAAACAAGGGCUAUAACAACCCGCCCUAGUGAUAUAACAACAAUCCUUGACAGAAACAGGGGCGAUACCUGGCCUAACAUUGGCAACGAUGCUGGGGAAAUAAAAACAAGGGCUAGAACAAACCGCCCUAGUGAUAUAACAACAAUUCCUGACAGAAACAAGGGAGAUACCUGGCCAAACAUUGACAACGGUGCUGGGGAAAUAAAAACAAGGGCUAUAACAACCCGCCCUAGUGAUAUAACAACAAUCCUUGACAGCAAUAAGGGCGAUAACUGGCCUAACAUUGGCAACAGUGCUGGGAGUAUACAAAGGUUAUAACUCUGCCAAGUGACAAACAAGGGCUAUAACGCUGCCCAGUGACAAACAAGGGCUAUAACUCUGCCUAGUGAUAUUACACAAUUUUGGGCAAAAACAAGGGCGAUACCGGCCUCAUAUUGACAACUUGCCGGAAGUAUACAAACAAGGGCUAUAAAACGUCCAAGCAAUAUUGUAACGGAAUAGAAACAAGGGCGAUACUCGGUCCAGCUAUGACAGUUGUAAUAAUGAUAUUUUAUCUAUAUAUUGAGGGUAACAUAGUCAGUUAAGGCUCAUAUUACACUAUGAACAUUACGUUCCAGAAAUCAUACACCAGUAACAAUUAUAAUGUUAUGCUUUUAAUAUGUAUAUACAUGAUAUACAAUGUUGAAAAUUAUACCUCAUACAAUCAUGUUAGCUAUGUUUUUGGGGGCUAAAAUUAUUCCAUAUCACAUAUACACUCAUACAAGAAGACUGAAAUUUGUAAGUAUAUUACAUUAAAUUUCACAAGUCUCUGCGGUUUGUAUAGUUAAAAUAUUACGCCGCAAUGGAAAGAUUUUUAACGAAUUCGAGGACUAUUCCAUAUUAGGAUCACAGAAAAGCAAAAAAAAAAUAAAUCCUCCUAAUCUUCAGAGUGUGGUGAUAGUAAAACAUACAUAUUUUCUGUGAUGGACCGUAAGCUUUAUGUAAAUCUAUCUUCACGUGUAUCGACCCGGGAUUGUAUAUGUAAACAAGUGCCAUAUUAUUCUAGGAUUUGUAAACUAAAAUAGUAGUGCGAUACUAAAUAGUCAAGAGGUAGUACACCAACUUCUUUGUAGUAUGAUUUAUUUAGGGGAUAUUACGUUGUUUUGAGUGGCUAUACUUGAAAUUUGGUUUGAACUCGAGACCAAACUAGCGACGAGCGCGCGAUCUAUAUGUUGACGAGGCGGCACAUUUGGAUUGUUUGUGAACGUCCUGUUACCAAAGUGUAGCGGCAUUUGGAUCAACAUUGACCAAAUCCUCAUCAUUUCCAUUGCUUUCUGUCCAAUCAUCCCAUGGGUCAUUAGCAGUGUUGGAUUUCGCUUAGAGGUAUAAGCUUGACGCCACAAUGUUUUGGUUAGAAACGGGGCGUGGCUUAUAUUCAAGUGCGAAGGUGGAGCUUAACACGAUUGAUCUUGAUUCUAACGCAGUUUAGAACAUGGUCCGUAUCCAAUCAAAACACGCGUUGCAAACGAAUCGUGUUAUUUAGUACUGCUUUGUCAAGUAAUUGCAGUAUAUUAGCUAUAACCCAGCACAGGGAUGACACAAAUGCCGGCAGGAUACCAACAACAUAAAGAUUUAGGAUGUAACCCGGUAUAGGAUAACAACACCUCCGGAAGUAUACAACGAUGCUAACCCUGUUUCUUCAACACAGUAAAAUUAUUCCUAAAGCAAUAUAUAUAUUUAUAUUUCCAAUUAUUGACAAUUUUUUGUUAAACAAAGCUGUAAAUAUUGUACUUUUUA